UCCCUGUCCCAGGACGGGUGUUUGUCCACUGUCUGAUGGGUGUGAGCCGCUCAGCCACACUGGUGCUGGCCUUCCUGAUGAUCGCUGAGGGUCUGAGGCUGCAGGAGGCCGUGGCUGCUGUCAGGCCGCACAGAGACAUCUGUCCCAACCCAGGCUUCCUGCUGCAGCUCCGCAGCCUCGACAUGAGCCUGGAGAGGGAGAGGAGGAGGCGACGUCAGGCACAAACACUAGGCCCCUCAGCCCAGGAGGAGGACACACCAUCUCUGACAGAGCUGAGGCAAAUUCUCUGGACAAAAAGGAAGCCAGUGGCCCCUGUCAAUCAAGUCUGGCCGAACCUCUACAUCGGAGAUGAGUCUGUGGCGAGAGAUAAAGCCAAACUCUCCUCUCUGGGUGUCACUCACGUACUGAACGCUGCUGCAGGUCGAUACCGGAUCAACACAGGCCUGCAGUUCUACAACGACCUUGGAGUUGAAUACCACGGUGUUGAAGCUGCAGACCAUCCGGAGUUCAACCUCCGACCUUUCUUCAACCCCGCUGCACAGUUCAUAGACACUGCUCUGAAGAGAAAUGAGAAAGUGUUUGUGCACUGUGCCAUGGGCGUCAGCCGCUCUGGAGCGCUGGUUCUUGCGUAUCUGAUGAUCUACCAGGGUCUGUCAUUAGUGGAGGCCAUCAUCGCUGUGCGUCUGAACCGAGACAUUGGACCCAACUCUGGAUUUCUGGAGCAGCUAAGGCAGCUGCAGCUGAGCCUCGAGCUGCAGAGCAGACAGAUCACAGAGGGGAGCAAUGCUGACACAUCAUGAUGGAGCAUGCCCUUUCUCCUCCAGGCACCUGUUUCGGUUGCAUCCACAUUUUCUGUGAUAAAAAUCAAAUCUGACAAAUAUAAAUGUCACCUGUUACAAAAAGCCCCAGUUUUGUGCCCCAACAACAACCAGCACAGAACAACUGCAUGGUUUAAGUUUUAUGUCUCCAGAAAUAACUCCCUCACACCUGUCCACACAUUAGUGACAUUCUUAUAAUGACGAUAAAGAAACACCCCUCUUUUAUUGAACGUUUGUUUUUAAGUCAUUGUUUCUCAUGAUUCAGUGUUAAUUUGUCAUACUGGCUCACAGAAAGCAAUCACUGUCACAUUAGAGGAAUCAGAUCACAUUAUGUGUGAAAGGAUCCAUGUCUGUAUGUGUGUG